CGAAGACAACUCGACGAGCAUUCCUCACCCUCACCUCCAGCAGUCGUCUAGCGAUCUGUCUCCCGCAUCCUCUGAGUUCCCAAGGAGUCCUGAGACCAACUCGAGACAGAAAUGAGGGUUCUGUGGACUUGUCUCCUGCCUCUCCUUCUCGCUGGUGUCGGCCUGAUGCAGGUCGUGGCCGGAAGUGACUGCGAGCCCAACGAGUUCUGCGACAGGAAGAACGGGAGUUGUUACUGGAAGGACGAGAUGGCCUGCAACGGGUCCUCCUUCAGCUACGGCUGUUCGGGGAAGGGGUGCGCCUGCUGUGUCACUGACCCGACAGUGUGCAUCGAGAGGAACUUCUGCGCGAAGAGGAACGGAACUUGCAUCCCCAAGACCCAGAACUGCAGCGGCGAAGUCCUCCUGGAAGGCUGCCAGUCGGACACCUGCCACUGCUGCGUGGAGAAUCCAGUGGACCCUGACGUCGAGUGCGAGCCAAAGGAUUGCGCGAAUUACAACGGAACCUGCUUCGAGAGGGGGAAAGCGCCCUGCAAUGGGACGAUCUACAGCAGGGGCUGCAAGAGCGUGUUCUGCGCCUGCUGCGUCCCAGACACAAGCAUCUGCAUCGCAAAACCUUCGUGCGACGGCGAGUGCAGGAAGGUCAGCGAGGGCUGCGACGGCACGGUGGUCGAGGACGCCUGCCACGGGACGGACUGCCAGUGCUGCGUCGAAGACGACGACGGCGAGGGUGAAGACUACUAGUCAGCGGAGAAAGCAGAAGGGACGGCAAUAGAAUCCUACUUAAAAGAAGAAGAAAAAAAAAACUUUCCACUGCAAGCACAUGAAAUCAAAGCACCAAGGAAUCAUUGUAAUUAGAACAUCCUACCUAAAAAAAAAAAAAAAAAAAAAAAAAAAAAAAAAAAAAAGUUUGCAUUCCACUGCAAGCACAAGAAGUCAAAGCACCAAAGAAUAUAAGGAUAAGGAAGGGGGUAAAAGUCCAAAUUCACGAAGCACGAGAGCAAUUUGAUUUUUCUACAGCGAAAUGCCGUCGGUGUAGAGAGACCUUUGGAGAAUAAACUAUGAAAUUACA